CGAUAUGCAGCGAGGCAUGCUGGGAUCGCUCCUCUUCCCAGCCAUUGAGGAAGGAAGGGCUGUUGUGAAUGCGGUACUGCGGAGUGCUCUCGACGGCCGGGUUCUCUUUCGGUCUAUGUCCCACUAUGCUUUCCUGUGACAUAUGUGGUGAGACAGUAACCUCAGAACCAGAUAUGAAGGCUCACCUAAUUAUUCACAUGGAAAAUGAAGUUAUCUGUCCAUUUUGCAAGUUGUCAGGUAUAAAUUAUGAUGAAAUGUGUUUUCAUAUUGAAACUGCUCAUUUUGAGCAGAAUACACCAGAAAGAAACUUUGAGAAACUAAAUGCAGUACAGUAUGAAAAUUCAGACAGCAAGACCACCACUGUGCAGAGUACAGUGGAAGUUAAUUCAAGUAUUCAUUUGGCUUGUGCAUCUAAUUUUCCAAAAAAUGCAACUCAAAGCCUUGCUACAGAUGGGAAUUUAAAACAUGAAGCUUUUUAUACAGAGAAUAUAACUGAAUUUAAAAAGUACUUGAAGAGCAAGGAAAAGCAGUCUGGAUUAUCUGAGGUUCAAGGAUCAAUGUAUGAAACAACAUAUAGCCCUCCUGAAUGUCCAUUUUGUGGAAAAAUAGAGGAAUGUAGUCAAGAAAUGGAAACUCACAUGAAAACAAAGCACGCCAGUCUUUUAGAAGCUCCAUUAGAAGACUGUCAUCAACCACUCUAUGACUGUCCCAUGUGUGGGCUUGUCUGUACAAAUUACCAUAUUCUCCAAGAGCAUGUGGACUUGCAUUUAGAAGAAAGCUGCUUUCAACAAGGCAUGGACAAAAUCCAGUGUUCUAGUGAUCGAGAAUUAGCUCACCAGCUUCAACAAGAAGAAGACAGGAAGAGGAAAUCUGAAGAAUCAAGACAAGAACAGGAAGAAUUUCAGAAGUUGCAGCGGCAGUAUGGUUUAGAUAAUUCUGGAGGAUACAAACACCAGCAGCUACGACAUAUGGAGAUAGAAGUAAAUAGGGGAAGAAUGCAUCCAUCUGAAUUUCAUAGCAGAAAAGCUGACAUGUUGGAAUCAAUAGCUAUUGGUAUUGAUGAUGGAAAAACAAAAACUUCUGGAAUUAUUGAAGCCCUCCAUAGGUAUUAUCAGAACACUGCCACAGACGUGAGGUGUGUGUGGCUUUCUACAGUGGUGGAUCAUUUUCAUUCAUCUUUUGGGGACAAAGGUUGGGGUUGUGGCUAUAGAAAUUUCCAGAUGCUACUGUCAUCGUUACUGAAAAAUGAUGUAUAUGGUGAUUGCUUGAAAGGUAUGUCAGUUCCUUGUAUUCCAAAAAUUCAGUCCAUGAUUGAAGAUGCAUGGAAUGAAGGUUUUGAUCCUCAGGGAGCCUCUCAGCUUAAUAACAAAUUACAGGGAACAAAAGCCUGGAUUGGAGCAUGUGAGAUUUAUACUCUUCUGACCUCUCUGAAAGUAAAGUGCCGCAUUAUUGAUUUUCACAAGUCGACUGGUCCUUCGGGUACACACCCUCGCUUAUUUGAAUGGAUAUUGAACUAUUAUUCUUCAGAGAGAGAAGGGAACCCAAAGGUUGUGUGUACAUCUAAACCUCCCAUCUAUCUCCAGCAUCAAGGUCACAGUCGAACAAUUAUUGGAAUUGAAGAGAGAAAAAACCGAACAUUGUGUUUACUAAUAUUUGAUCCCGGAUGUCCUUCUCGAGAAAUGCAGAAACUAUUAAGGCAAGACAUAGAAGCUAGUAGUCUGAGGCAACUGCGGAAAUCUGUGGGAAAUCUGAAACAUAAGCAGUACCAAAUUGUAGCUGUAGAGGGUGUCCUUUCACCAGAGGAGAAACUUGCCAGAAAACAAGCUUCUCAAGUGUUUACAGCAGAGAAGAUUCCUUGAAUUAGAUAUUUCUGUGGUUUUGUAAUUAUCUUUUUUUCUGCUACUGAUACAGUUGAAUUUGAUUUUGCUUAAGUCCUUGAUAUAUUUAAGUAAUAAAUGCCUGUUAUCUUCUCCGCAUAUCAUCGUCUAGUACUUAGUUGAAUAAAAUACCUUGUUUGUAUUGUUGGUUUUGAUUGCUGGUCCACAUAUCAGAAACUUGUCUUAUAGUUAUAAGCUAAUGUGAAUUACUUGUGUUAGCAUUCUUAGUACUUAGCAUCUGUUAAUAGGUUUAAUUUAAAAUGGUUGUUGAGGCAAGUAUUGUUACUAUUAUUAUUAUUUAACUUUUUAUUGAUUCUUUGUGAGUUUCACAUCAAGCUUCACAGUCAGGCUUAUCUCCACAUUUCUUCUUGUCUACCUAUCACCCUUGCAACCCACCAAUAAAAAACACAAACAACAGCAACAGCAAAACCAAAGCAUAGAAAACAUUGUGGAAGUUGUAGUAUGUUACAGUGUGUCCCCCAGCAUAUCCCUCUGUCCACACAUCUUCACUUGCAAAUGGUUAUUACAAUGAGCUAUUGCUCUGUUCAAGAUCUCUAGCUUCUGUGACACUGUCUAUAUCACAGAUGAUACAGAUUUUGGAGUGGGCCAUCUUAGAGUUCUGGAUCUGGGUCUGGGUAGUCACACAGCUGGUCAGCCCACUGGCUCUCCCUUAUCUGAACCACUAGGGGGAGUUCUCCACCACUGCUUAGGUUAGGCCACCCAAGGCUGCAAUCAGCAGAAGGCUGAGGUAACUCUUGUUCUCAUCCUUUCAGGCGGGCUCACCCAUGCCUUCGCCAUCAGGGCCAAACCCACUGUCUUGCCCAGCGAGGUGUAGGGCCUGCUCUCUUGAGUGCUAUAGCUAGUGAGAGAGCAGGGCUAGCUCUCCCUCUCUAAUGCCUUUGGAGUCAGCUCUCCUGACUACCAAAGGUGGUAAGGGGGUGGGUGUCAUACCUGUGCAGAUGAGUGGCAGGGUCAGCUCAACCACACUCCUGCCAUUAGGGCCCGCUCCACUGUGCUUCCUGGGUGAGGCACAGGGCCUGCUUGCCCGAAUGGAGUGCUGCCAGCAGUCAGAGUUGGAGCCAGCUUUUCAGAACUCUGCACCUAGUAAAAGGCAGAGCCAGUUCUGCACAGACUCUGGACAUCCAGGUGGUCUCUAGCUGCUGCUCCAGCCAGAGACAUUGAUACUGACCCCUGCCACUGCAUAACCACGCACUCAGACGUGGCCCUCAGCUGCAGCCCAGGUUGGGACCUUACUGUGGCCCCAAGUGACAGGGCUGGCCAUUUACAACAGGCUACUCCUCUCUACCUUCGAAUCUCUAGUUCCAUCCUUCAUAAUGCUGAAGCUGUUCUACCUCUCUUCUCUCCCUUCUGACUACCACAUACAUACCCACACACUAUGGUAGUUCCAGCUGCAGACUGGCCAUGUGGCUGGCUGGUCUCUGGGUGAUAUCCCCCAUCCAUGCUACGUGGUGUGUCGUUGAGCAGGUGACCGUGGCCCACCUGUGCCAUGCACUGGAGGGCAGGUCUGUGGGUGGCAUAUCAGUCCACAUGUCUCUGCUGUCUUCCUUCUGCACUGCAUUGCCUAGAUUUGGUUUGAUUUUUAUGUGUCCUAGGCAUAAAACAGUUUUGGCCACCAAGCCAGGCAUCAAGCUAGGAUGAACAAAGGACUGCCUUCUGCUCUGCCCCUGACUGAUAUAAGACCACCACCAAUAAGCUGUCUCUUUGCCCAUUGCCAGGAGGGCAAGUACUAUUAUUAGCCAUAUGAGGGAGCUGAAUCUCUGAGAAAUUAGUGAUUUAUUCAAGAACAUAACUGUGUUCCAAGAUGGAGCCCACAGAUGUCUCACUAUUUUUCUUUUGUUAAUCUAGGUUUUAUUGCUGUGGUAGGUAUACAAGAGCUAAUUUAAAGGAGGAAAUGUUUAUUUUGCUUCAUGGUUUCAGUGCUUGGUAGGCUUACUUGGUAGGCCGAGACAGAACAUCAUGGUUGCAGGCUGUGGAGGUGCUUGAGCAGAGCACUUUACUCACUGUGGCCAGAAAGCUGAGGGAGGGGCAGGAAGGGGCCAGGAACAUGCUAAGUACACCCAGAGUGACCUGCUUCCUCCAGUAGCAAGUUCAGAUAAUCCUUCAAAUGACUAAUCUACUGGCUAGGUCAGAACUCCAGGUCCAAUUAUCUCUAUAACUGGAUCUACCAGUUGAGUCCAGACUUUGAACACUUGAGCUAUUUAGGGGACACUGAGAUUACCAUAUAAUGAGAUUCCAUUCAUGCUGUUUAGUUAUUGCCUUACUGUGUAACAAGCUCUAAAAUCAAGGAUUCUCUUGUCAAAUAUGUCCACAAAUCUAUGUCUCUGAUGAGCGUCUUCUGUUUUAAUAUGUCCUAUAUAGGAAAGGAGUGUUAGAGUCUGGUCAUGUAUCCUUUGUAUGCAUGUAUGCAAGAAUCUUUUGCUAUACCUCACAAAGGGAUUAUUAUUGAAAGACUCUUAGAAUUUGUGGUUAACUUAGAGAAGUGGGUUGGAACCAAAUCAGAAGCUACAAUUUUGUGUCAGUUAUUAUAGCAGGAACAAUCAAGUUAGAAGCUGUACAAUGUUCAAAUUUCAGAUUAUAAAGAGAGCAAACAUAGAUGAUUGUAGAAGUCCUCAGAAAGAAAUGAGAAGAAAUGGAUAUUGAGCAAUUUAAAAUGUGUUUCCUAAAAAGAGUAAGAACCUGCUUGAAGAUACACGAAGUGCAGUGCUCCAGCAAAGACUGAAUUUUGUACCCUUUUUUAUUUUAAUUUUUAUCUUUUUAUUAAUUACAGUUUAUUCACUCUGUAUUCCGGCUGUAGCCCUCUCCCUUCUUCCUUCCCAAUUCCACCCUCCCUCCCCAUCUCCUCCCACACCCCUCUCCAAGUCCACUGAUAGGGGAAGUCCUCCUCUCCUUCCAUCUGAUCUUAGUUUAUCAGGUCUCAUCAGGACUGCUUGCAUUGUCUUCCUCUGGGCCUGGUAAGGCUGCUCCCUCAUUUGGGGGAGGUGAUCAAAGAGCCAGCCACUGAGUUCAUGUCAGAGACACUUCCUGUUCCCCUUACUAGGAAACCCACUUGGAGACUGACCUGCCAUGGGCUACAUCUGUGCAGGGGUUCUAGGUUAUCUCUAGGUAUGGUCCUUGGUUGGAGUAUCAGUCUCAGAAAAAGACAUCUGUGCCCAGAUUACUUGAUUCUGCUGCUCUCCUGUGGAGUUCCUGUCCCCUCCGGGUCUUUCUCACCUUUUUUUGUAAGAUUCCCUGCAUUCUGCCCAAAGUUUGGCUAUGAGCCUCAGAAUCUGCUUUAAUACCCUGAUGGGUAGAGCCCUUUGUGGUAGGCUCCUGUCCGGUUUCCUGUUUUCUCCCUCUUCCAAUGUCUGUUCUGUUUGCUUUCCUGAGUGAGGAUUGAUCAUCUUAUUCUGGGUCCUCCUCCUUGCUUAGCUUCUUUAUGUGUACAGAUUUUAGUAUGUUUAUCCUAUAUUAUAUAUCUAAUAUCCACUUAUAAGUGAGUAUAUACCAUGUGUGUCUUUCUGCUCCUGGGAUACCUCACUCAGGAUGAUCUUUUCUAGUUCCUACCAUUUGCCUGCAAAUUUCAUAAUUUCCUUGUUUUUAAUUGCUGAGUAGUAUUCCAUUUUGUCAAUAUACCACAAUUUCUCUAUGCCUUCCUCAGGUGAGGGGCAUCUGGGUUGUUUCUAGGUUCUGGCUAUUACGAAUAAAGCUGCUAUGAACAUGGUUGAUCAGAUGU